AACACAACAAUGGACAUAAGGAGCUUCUUUCAAAGAAAAAACUCAGGAAGGUGAAUUCUGCAGUUUGGCCACCUUCCAGCAAUGUUGGGGAAGAUUUUAGCUGCCAACCAGUUCAGGGACCUCCUUUCUCAUCUUUGUUGUGUUUUAUUAUGGCACGUCUUUGCGUCUGAGAUGUACUAUACAGUCGUGGCUUUAACUUUCUGAAUUAAGCAGAAAUUGUUUUAAAAAUGAGACCUAGUCAAAAUUUGAAUUGCUAUGCAGGUGAUACAGAGAUUUAUUUAUAUAUUAUUUAUAAAGCCAGAUGACACAAAUAUAAAUGACAAAUAUAUAGAUAUAGUUAGUUAUAUGUUAAUUAUCAUAGGUGUGCUCUUUUCAUGUUUUCUGUCACAAAUGAAAAUGCAAAUCAGUGAGUUGAAUGACAGAGUCGGUCAUACACAUUAAAAGUCCCCAGCUGAUUGGUUUUAGUUGUGUCAUUCCUACGUGGGGAAAAAAAAGAGUAUUGCAGUUUCCAUAGCAACAGAGAAAGUGAUGAAGAGUGGGUUGGUGUUGGGUGGCAGAGCGGCAGCGAGGUAGAGCAAGAAAUAAGAAGAGGAAAAACAGAGUUUGAGACUGAAGCACUACCUGAGGUCAGAGUGGAACUACGCAGAAGAAGAAAAGAAAGUGUAAACGCUGAGAUGGACGAGGACAGACAGCCUGUUGUCUUUAUUUCUCUGUCGUGUACACAUUCAUUCAUACGUCAGCCCUGCUUCCCAGGUGGAGGGGCAAACACGCCAGCUGCCUGACUAUCUCCUCCCAUCAUUCCCCCUCCCCCUCCACCCAUCUCCUUCUAUAGCCGGAUAAGGCAACUACAAAGCAGGCUGACUCGCCAUUACAGAACACGAGAUUUGAAGAUUGCAUCCUGGCAUUUCUAAUCAGAUGCAAGGGGGGAUUAUCUCGAGGUCUCCUCCAUUUUGUGCACAGCUGGGAGCUGCUGAGGAAAAACGGAGAAGAAAAGGAUCGGAUGUGCGUGAAUGAAGUGGAGUUAGACAGAGAGAGGGAAAGGGGUCACCUGUGGAUAUGAGGAGGGCUUUCUAAGGAACUGCAACCAUCACCCAACACACAAAAGGAAGAGGACAGUGUCAGCAGCAAGUAGAUCACUGUAAAGGCCUUCCAUGGCAGAGGCAGGGCGUCCCAUGUCAGAGCUGCAUCCAAUGGGAGGAACUAUUCCACUGCAGCCUAUUUUUUCCAGCCAGUCCGUCUUUGACACCACAGAGACACCUACACAAGUAACAUCACCCUCUGGACUGCCUCAACGACCAUGUUACAACUGCCAGGAGAAAUCCCCCAGUGAAAUCUGUGAAGAACAAUGUCAUUCAACUCCUACUGCAACAGGAACCGCUAAACACCAACAAAGCCCAUCUGAACACUUCCCGCUCAUCAUGGCUUCAAAUCACCCACUUCGUCCAGUUGUGACAGAAACACUUUCAGACAAUGAUGAGAUAGUUGUGAAUACAAACACUAAUUAUCCUGAGACCAUCAGAACAGAGCAGAAUGUGAAGCUGGCCGCCCUGAUUGUUCACAGGAGUCACUCGGACACUUUGCCUUUGGCGAAAACUGAAAUUGCUUUCCACAGCAGAGAUGCAAGCGUCCAAGAGGCUGAGACUCACUCCAUGAUGGCUUGCAAGCAGCCCAUGCAGCUACAUCAGUGCAACACGGUUACCACUAUUUGCAGUGGAGACUGUAGCUUACAGCAUCCUCAGAGGAGAGGUCUCUGUAUCUCAUCUGAUGACGCAGAUAUCAAAGCGCAGUGUCAAGGAGAAGGCGGCCCUCUUUCCACUAAAUGUGACAAGCCACACUGUUGCAGCUCCUAUAUCCACCAUGCCAAUUUUGAGGAUACAUUUGCUGCCUACUGCCAUCCUCAGCCUAUUCCAGCCCCCUCGCAGAUGCUGCCACGUCUGGCAAGCUCCAGUAUCCAGCCUCCAGUACCACCUUCUUCAGCAGGAAACCACCUUACACUGCCUCGCCUCUUCUCCUCUGUUAGUGAGACUGGCUUAGAUGCCAAACAUUUGCUGCGUUGCUGCAAUCUGAGCUGCUCCUGGAUUAGUUCACUGCCACCUGGUACUGGCCCACCAUGCUCCCAAAAACACUUAGGUAAAGAUGACUGGUGCAGUACGACAACUGGCCAAGAAAGAAUCACAACGCGUGACAUGGGAACUAUGACAGCCCAAAAAGUUCUGAGAGAUAUCGGGGUGCAGACAAAUCAGACCACCGGUUCUCAUGUGUUCCCUCAGAUCUAUCUGGCAGAAGCUAACAAGAGUAAGAUGUCUUCUAGCCAGACUGACAGCGACAGAGAUAAAAAAGCAAGUGGUGCACCUAAGUCCCCAGUCAAGGAAGUGAAGUGGGAUGCAGAAGGGAUGACAUGGGAGGUCUAUGGGGCCUCCGUGGACCCUGAGGAGCUGGGUCUCGCCAUCCAGAAACACCUUGAGCUGCAGAUCAAGGAGACAGCAAACCGUGCGGCCAAGCUCUCACAGCAAAACCCCAACCCCUCCCAGCAAGUCAGGAAUGCUGGCUGUCACAGAAAAAGAAGGAUGAUGGGCUACCUCCAAUCUCCGGCUUGCUGCAGUUGCAGCUCUGCAGCUGUUGAUUAACUGAGCACCUGACAGAUGAACAGGACCUGAACACUGUGCUUAGUAGCCACAAGGGCUGCUCAUAGCGUCAACCUCAAAUGUCUGGAUGAUACUGCAUUCUUAUAAGACAAACCUCUAUACCAAAUUGAAUGGAAAAACUUUUCAGAAAGUGAUCCUUAUUCAAAUAUUGUAAAGGUUAUGAAAGCCUGAUAAUGAUUAAAGAUCACUAUGACAAAGAAAAUGUUAAAAAGAAAUAAAACAAAAAACAACAAAUUUUUGUUCCAUCAUUUCUCAGUGAAAUAUUACCCAGGGACAUAUUCUAUUUAUCUCUCAGUGGAUGCAGACAUCAUUCAUCAGUAGUCCAUAAUAUGCUUCUGUGCACUAUUACUGUUAAUUAAAUUGGUGUUUAGCUCAGUCAACAUCUCUUUUCACUGCCAGUUUUGCACAAACAGUACAGUACCAACGUCUAAAUAACAUUCAUUCUUUUGGAGUUAACAGACUCCAUGACAGUUCUCUGGGAAACUGCUAAAACUUACACGUUUCACCUCUUUAAUGCUGCAUUUUUAUUGGUGAUUAAAAUUGUCAAUGUUUUCAUCUAAUCUAGUUCUAGCUGUUGAACUGAAUCUCUACCUUUUAUUAAGAGUGUUUCAUGAAUGAAAAAUGCCUGAAGUUCCCCAUAUCUUAAUAUAAUAAUAACUCACGAUUAACUGCACAGUGGUGUGUAAAACACAUAGUGAGUGAAGGUUAUCAACUCAUCAAGUUAACCCAGCGUUUCCCCUGCGAGUUCACAUCAUAUGACCCUUCUACAGAAAAUGAUCCCUAUGAGUGCCACCUUCUCAGAGAUGUUAUCAAAUUGUGAUAAAAAAAAAAAUGUGAAGAUCAAAAGCAUAUACCAAUAAAAUACAACACUUUUGUAAAAAGGAUACAAUACACAAUAAGAUUUUAAUUAAUUUAAAUACAGUCCCACAACCUGAUAAAGGAGAUGUGGAAAUCACGUCAGUUUGUCACAGAUCAAAGUAAAAUGGUAAAUGGCCUGUAUUUAUAUAGCGCUUUACUCCUCCCUAAGGACCCCAAAGCGCUUUACAU